AGUUUCCCUUUGCAGACUUCUGUUUAGCAUGAUAAAAAUAGAGAAAUACCUAGGUAUCUGUUUUGGCUCUCUGGUACCAGGAUAAAGUACAUGCGAGCAUUUAAGCUGCAUCCGUUGGCGCAUCUCGACAUGGCACUCCAAGAACUUAGCGAAGUUGACCUAACCGCAACCGAGCCAGAAUUUAGCACCACCUCAAACGCCUUGUGAAAAUCCAAUUGAUCAUUGCCAACGCUGGCAAACGUACGGAGAGGAGAUUGAACAAGCAGAUCGUAACAAGAAAAUGUGGCGGAUGAUGAUCGCCGUGGCAAAAGCUCUCGAUCGCCGUGGAUUGCUUGAGCAACGCUUCGAUCUUGCACACGGCGACUUGUUCCCUCGCAACAUAAUCGCUGAGAUUACUGAUCCAGCGACUGUGAAGAUCACUGGCAUUGUAGACUGGGACAUGGCUUAUUUAGCACCCAAGUUUAUGGCUCUUCGACCUCCAUUCUGGGCUUGGGUGGGCGACUCCAUGGGUGAGAGAGACGAAGAUGUGGUAACGUAUGAGCCACCUAUUGAGAAAUACGAGGCACUGAAGCGAACUUUCAGAAGUGCGGCAUUAGCCAAGUUCAUCAAAUUUGGCCUUUCUCGCGAGAGCGCUAUCGCACGGAAGCCUUUUAAGGUCGUAACCGGUGGCUUACUAGGUACGGAUCGUCGCUGUCUAGCGCUUCAGCUGGCAGAGCAACGUGACACUUUGUAUCCGGAAGAUGAGCUUGAGCAUCUUGGAGCAGAGUGUUGGAGCAGAGUGGACUUGAGGGACGUCCACUUGAUUGUGCUUAUAACUCCCCUCGCGAAUCGACAACCGUAUGAUUUGUUACCUUCCUAGCUACACGCGUGCAGCAUUCGAUAAAAAGACUAAAGGAUAAUCUCAAAG